AUGAAGUUCACCAUUGCCGCUAUCUCGCUCUUGACCUCGUUGGUCGCCGCUGACCAAGCCUUCAACGGUAUCACCGUGAGAACGGGGACCAAGUUCCAAUUCGGCCAACUCUCGGUUGAAAACGAUGAAGUGUUCAUCAAUGACCAGGAUGGCGCCGCCAUCAGCUUUGUCUUGAAGGACGACGGCUCUCUCCAGGACACCAACUCCAACAAGUACUUCACUUUCAACGACCGUUCGGCGUUGGCCACUACCGACGAACCCGACAAGCAAUUCUCGUUCCACGAAGUCUACCUUAAACACGGCGACUCCUCGGGCUUCUACGCUUGCCCUGAUGGCGACAAGUACUACUUGUCGGGCAACGACUGUGAAGGGAGCACUCCCGUCGCCGUCUACGUCGACAAGGCUUAA